UGCGGUUGUUAUAUGAUUUCUGGAUCAGUCUUGAAGAUGACAGUCCAACCUGGAGACAACAUUACUCUCUACUGUGACUGCAAACUGUCAACUGGAAUAUCCAUAGUCUGGUUCAGGAACUGCUCCCAUGAGAAUCAGCCUCCUCUUGUUAUUACGUUUCAUAGUUUUUACUCUUCAUAUGCCUUAGGAAACCCAACAAAACUUCCUCGUUUUGAUUUUGUUAAGAACUCGUCCUCUGAUUCAUAUGACCUGUUAAUCAUGAAUGCCUCUGCUUCUGAUGAGGGGUCCUACUACUGUGGAACCAGGGGGAUGAAAUUGGUUGGUGAAAAACAACUUACUAAAAAGGAUAUUUAUGUAUACAGCAACGUCACAACUAAAAUCACAGUUGAGGUUAAGACCACUCUGGAGGACUGUAGUUUCUGCUGGAAGCUGCUCUUCUAUCUAUGCCCAGCUGUUUCAGUUCUCUCCGCUCUCAUCUCGUCUCUUCUAGUUCACAGGCUUUGCCAAAAAACAGCAAAAAAAUCUCACAACAAUGAAAGGAAACAUGAGGCAAGAAGUCAAACAAGGAAAACACAGGCUGAAGACGUGUGUUAUGCUGCCCUGGAAACCCAGCAAUCAUCACACAGACCAAAGAAGAAAAGGUUGACGCAAAGUUCAGACUUCAGUUUAUAUUCUGCCAUCAGAACCUCUCGGGUGUAGAGGUUCAAAUUUAACUCAGACAUGCAGA